AUGGGCAACGAAAAACCCGUGGACAGCGAGUCCAAGCACUCAUCCCAGCAGUACCAUGAAAGUGAUGUUGGGGCUGCCCCUCAGGAACUGGGUGUCCCGGACAAGUUGCAAUCGACAAGAUAUUUGGUAAUACGUAAAACUGAAAUUUUGGCUGACCAGUACAACGCGUGGUACUAUAGAGUCAUUCUGUUGUUCUGCGCUUUCGUGUGUGGUUACGGCUACGGGCUCGAUGGCCAGCUGAGAUACGUGUACACGAGUUAUGCCGCCGGUGACUUCAACGAACACUCCCUUAUUUCCACCAUUGGCGUAAUCAACUCCAUCAUCGGCGCCGCUGGCCAACUAUUGUACGCGCGUCUGUCGGACACUUUCGGUAGACUAACGCUGUUUCUUACAGCUGUCGUGUUCUAUGUCGUGGGCACAAUCAUCCAAUCGCAAGCGUACGAUAUCCAAAGAUACGCUGCAGGAGCUGUAUUUUACAAUUUGGGCUACGUCGGAAUCAUCUUGGUUCUUCUGCUGAUAUUGUCUGAUUUCUCAUCUUUGAAAUGGAGACUGCUGUUCCAGCUAGUGCCUACUUGGCCCUUCAUCAUCAACACAUGGAUUUCAGGAAACAUCACUGAAGCCGCCAACCCAGAGAUAAAUUGGUCCUGGGAUAUCGGAAUGUGGGCGUUCAUUUUUCCUUUGUCUUGCGUGCCUCUCGUGUUGUGUAUGCUGCAUAUGAGAUAUAAGGCCAGUAAAACGCCAGAGUGGGUCGCUUUGAAAGACAAACAAACAUUUUUUCAGAGCCACGGAUUUUUCAACCUUUUGGUCGAACUUUUCUGGAAGCUCGACGUCGUUGGUAUAUUCCUGCUUGUGGUGAUGCUCGGCUGCAUCCUGGCACCUUUGACACUGGCAGGAGGUUACAAGAGUCAGUGGAACAACUCUCAUAUUAUAGGUCCGUUUGUCUUAGGUUGGGUUUUAGUUCCAAUCCUACUUUACUGGGAAAAGGCUUGGGCUAGAGACCCUUUGGUGCCAUACAAUUUAGUCAAGGAUCGCGGUGUUUGGGCCGCUAUGAGCAUUUCAUUUCUGAACUAUUUCAUUUUUUCUUUGGCGGCAGGAUAUCUGUACCCGAUUAUGGUGGUAGCCGUCAACGAAUCCACUAAAUCUGCGACCAGAAUCUCAUCACUUUCAUCUUUUGUUUCUGUUGUGUGGUCACCCAUCUUUGCACUCUUCAUCACGAGGCGUAGAAAACUCAAGCCUUACAUUAUUCUUGGGUGCUCUCUGUGGAUGCUGGGCAUGGGUCUGCUAUAUCACUAUAGAGGCGGUUCAUUUGCCCAUGGCGGAAUAAUUGGGGCCCUGGUUGUGUGGGGUAUCGGUUCAACGAUGUGGACAUACCCAGUUAAUGUUUCUGUGCAGUCAGCAACAUCCCAUGAAAACAUGGCCACAGUCACCGGAUUGACCUACACGACUUACAGAAUCGGUGGUGCCGUGGGUUCAGCUGUUUCUGGUGCUAUAUGGACUCAAAUUCUGUACAAAAAACUACUGAAACUCUUGGGCGAUGUGGAGGUUGCCACUGAGGCGUAUGCCUCUCCCUACACUUUCAUCCUAGAGUACGCAUGGGGAACGCCCCAGAGAGAAGCUGUUGUCGAAGCUUACAGAUACGUUCAGAGAUAUGAGACGCUUGUUGCAUUGGUUUUCACGGCUCCAUUGGUGAUAUUUGGCUUCUGUCUGAGAGACCCAGAUUUGACUGACAAGGUUGCUCAUGAAGAUUUGGAAGGUGACGCUCAAAUUGCUAAGAACGAUUCUGACCUAAUAGUUGACUGGCUCAAAUCGAAGAUGGGACGCUCGCAGUCAAAGGAGUAA